AUGUUCGAAAUACCGUUAGUCGGAAAGCUGUUGUCAACGUCGGGUUACACGUAUUUGAAUGAUAUUAUCGAUCGCUUGCACUGGAAUAUUACUGUUUCUGUCUUAAUUCUGUGUGCUUUAUUUGUUGGUACAAAGCAGCAAUUUGGACAACCAAUACAAUGUAUGCUUCCUACACAUCUCGAUCGAAAUUCGUGGUCCAGUUAUGGCCAGUAUUACUGUUUUGUUAAAAAUACUUAUCGUUUAACAUUUAAUAAGGCAUUACCGAAUGCAAAUAGUCGAGCAGAAUUGCGCUCAAAUUCGGAUGUGAAUUAUUACCAGUGGGUACCACUUUUCCUUACAAUGCAAGCACUGUGUUUCUACAUUCCUGGUUGGUUAUGGACAACAUUGCAAGGUCAAAGAGCUCUUGACAUGGAAGCUGUAGUUCGUGAAGCUGUGUCCCUGAAAGCAACAUUCAAAUUUGAAGAUCGAGUAAAAAAAUUGACAAAUUUAGUGAAUUAUAUUGCAUCUGGACUAAAGUUGAAAGUGAACGUAUCUAAAACUAAAUGGUACAAGUUUCCAAUUGAUAAAAUAAGUGGUUUAUCAGUAGCAAUUUAUCUUCUUUCGAAGUUUUUAAAUGUAGUAAAUAAUGCAGUGCAACUAUACAUUAUUGGCCAAUUUAUUGGUUCCAGCAGUCUUUCCUGGUCUCUCACUAAGAUGCCAUUCAUAUCAUCGUAUUUCCCAUUGAUAACAUUUUGCGAUAUGGAACAACAAACACUAGGAAAAGUGGAGAUGAAUACAUUACAAUGUGUUUUGAUGCUUAAUUUCAUUAAUGAAAAAAUUUUCUUCAUGCUCUGGUACUGGAUCUCUUUGGAAAGUGAACUGAAUGACGAAUGCUGCUUCCUAUUACAAGACAAAAGGCGCUUGCAUAUUUACGCUACAGAGUUUCUUGGUCUGGAUGGAGCACUGCUAUUACGUUUCAUUAACAAUCAUGCAGGCAUCAUUACGGCACGUGAUAUUACAGUCGGUUUAUGGCACUAUUUCUGUGACUUCUACCAGGAUUCCAAUUGUUACAUAUCUCGCGAAGCUGUUGCAAACAUCAAGAAAUCUUAG